AUGUCGAUGCAAACUACCGCUCCAGUUCCUGACCAGCAAGAUGGUGUCAUGCCAGACUUGCCCGGAAUGGGGCAAUUCAUAGCUACCAUGGACGGAUCCGUUCAGUACUCCGAGCAGCUUCCCGACUCCUGCAGUAUAUGCUGGGAAGACUUCAACUGGGACAAUGGCGUUGCAGUGCGCCUUCCAUGCGGCCACAUCUUCCACAAUAAAUGUUGUCUCCACUGGAUGAAAUCAGCCAGUGAGAACCGCAACGCCUGUCCCAUGUGCCGGACGGUCUUCUGUCUCCUUAAUGCUCUGGCACCCGAACAAAUACGCGAUAACGAAGAAGAGCACAACGAGGGUGUAUACAACCGCGAGGCUUUCUACUGGCUUAUGGCUUACGCUGACUCAUGGUACGAUGCAGAAAUCCGGAAUGAUGACCUGGAUUUUGUGUACAUUGUAUGCGAAGUGAGGAGGCAUUGGCAUCGUGAACAUCAUCCCCAAGCGCACGAGUUCAUAUGCGACUGGCAUGAAGAGAUCGGGGACAACUGGCUUGAGCUUAUCGUAGCGAAUCAUAUCCGGAACAGGCUCAGCGAGGACGGUCUUGCUGGCUCUAGGAAAAGCCAAGAGCUUGAGACGAGACGCAGUGGGCUAGUGAACUGUGUGAACUGGAUGAUUAGGGGUUCCAACUUCAUUGGCGAGGUCUGGGUCCCGCAGAAUAUGCAAGAAUUCGAAGCGAGGGCGGCGGAGAAUGCAGAGGACAAUGAGGAUCACCAGCAAGAGCAACACGACGACGACCGUCAGCCUGACGAAGAUUCAGAAACUCACGAGCGAUGGGCAUCUGGCCAUUCCCAAGAGGACGAGGAGGGUUUAGAGGAAGGCGAAAUCCUCGAGGACGCAACCAGUCAAGACCCCUCUGAACUUCCCCAUCCCGAAAGCUUCGAACUUUCCGAUCCUGAACCAAGUCCAAUGAACAGCGGUACAAUCGAGCAAGCCAUCAUAGCACGCAACGAUGCUAUCCAUCAACGUUUCCGGGAAGAACUAAACGCAGAGAUUGUCGUAGGAGCCUUGCACGAAUUACACGAUUUCAGGAGCGCUGAAAUAUUACCCUAUGGAGAACCGACCUACCUCCCGCCCAUCCCACAGUCUCGCAACAAGACGUGGCCGACACGCGCUCCUGGCUUCGAUCAGAGGGCCACACCAUCCUUUGCGAGAUGCACAACGUAG